AUGGCCCGUUCCAGAGGUUCCGUGAGAUCCAGACCAGCACCAGCACCAACGCAAAGACGUUCGGCUUCAACGAUGGCUGCCCCUGCACACAGCCAGCAGGGCCAGCACGCUGCCCAGCCUUCGGCGUACUCGCAACCGCAAGCUACUGCUCAGGGGAGACAACCGGGCAUGUUUGCACAAAUGGCUUCGACUGCGGCCGGUGUUGCCGUCGGAAGCGCCGUGGGCCACACUAUCGGUGCCGGAUUGACGGGUAUGUUUUCUGGGUCCGGAUCUGAAGCUGCAGAACAGCAGCCCCAGCAGUUGCAACAGCAACCACAACAGCAGUCGUUUGCGCAGGAGCAGGGUAGGUUCUGCGACGUGGACGCGAGAAAUUUCACACGCUGUCUCGAGGAAAACAGCGGGAACAUGCAGAUCUGCGAUUUUUACUUGCAGCAGUUGAAGGCGUGCCAGGAAGCUGCCCGUCAGUAUUAA